AUGGGUUCCGUCGUCCUACCCCAUCUCAACACCGGCUGGCACGUCGAUCAAGCGAUCCUGUCGGAAGAGGAAAGACUCGUCGUCAUCAGAUUCGGCCGCGAUCAUGAUGCCGACUGCAUGCGGCAGGACGAGGUCCUCUACCGCAUCGCCGACAAGGUGAAGAACUUCGCCGUGAUCUACGUAUGCGACAUCGACGUGGUUCCCGACUUCAACCAGAUGUACGAGCUCUACGACCCCAUGACGCUCAUGUUCUUCUUCCGGAACAAGCACAUGAUGAUCGACUUGGGCACCGGAAACAACAACAAGCUCAACUUCGUGCUGGAGGACAAGCAGGAGCUCAUCGACAUCAUCGAGACCAUCUACCGCGGCGCCAAGAAGGGACGCGGUCUCGUCGUCAGCCCGAAGGACUACUCCACGCGCUACCGUUAUUAG